AUGGAAACUAUCAGCGGCAAUCUCGAAUUCCGCCCUGCGACUCCUAGGGAUGCAGAAAAGAUCCAUCGACUGGUAGAGUCCGCGUUCCGCGCCGAAGACAGCAGGCCAGGAUGGACCGAUGAUCUAGGCCUUUCUGCAGGCUUCCGCAUCGACCCCAAAGAGAUCAUGGCCAUGAUCACCGCCCCGGACAGUGUCAUGUUGAUGGCAACCGACGAGAACGAGAAGCUUGUGGGCUCAAUCGGAACCUCCAAGCGGGGCACCAACCAUGCUCGAAUUUUCAUGCUUGCAGUCGAUGAAGCUCAGCAGCGCGGGGGCGUGGGGCGUCAACUGCUCGCCUACGCCGAGGACUACGGCUCACGAACUUGGGGCGUCACAACGUUUGGACUGAAUGCUCUGUCGAAUCGCAAACAACUCAUCUCUUGGUACACUCGACACGGCUAUAAAGAGACAGGGGAAACUUCGCCUUUUCCUAGGGAGAGAUAUGAGGCUUUGACCCUGCCAGAUGAUCUUUGCUUUGUUGAGUUUGAGAAAAUGUUGGAUCAAAAACCGUUGUGA